AUGACCUAUUCGAAAAUGAAAGGUUUAGUCAGUUUUUUCUCAGCUCUCCUCAAAGGAAAGAAGGGGGGCUUCACUGACUUCGUUCACAAAAUAGUGUCCAGCCAGCAGUUCUGCCAGAGAUCAGAUACACAGAAGCUCCUCCGCAGUCAGGGCAAGUUGAGGAGGCGGCAGGAGAAAUGCACACUGGACUCAACCGACCACGAAACUGCGCUAAUGAAACCGUCUGACUUUGAUUAUCUCAAACUCAUCGGAAAGGGAAGUUUUGGAAAGGUGCUUCUGGCAAGACACAGGACCCAGGGAGGAUACUACGCAGUGAAAGUGCUACAGAAGGAUUUGAUCGUGAAAAGGAGAGAGCAGCGGCACGUGAUGGUGGAGAGGAGCGUCCUGCUGAAGGGACUGGACCAUCCUUUUUUAGUCGGGCUUCACUUUUCGUUUCAAACACCCAACACGCUCUACUUCGUCUUGGACUACGUCAAUGGAGGAGAGCUUUUCUUCCAUCUUCAAAGAGAGGGGUCCUUUCCUGAGCCGAGGUCGUCUUUCUAUGCAGCGGAGAUGGCAUUGGCUCUUGGCUACCUUCACUCUCUGAAAAUAGUUUACAGGGAUCUGAAACCUGAAAACAUCUUGCUGGACUGUGACGGUCAUGUGAUGCUGACAGACUUUGGGCUGUGUAAAGAGGGCGUGGCCAUGGGCGGAGUCAUGCACACGUUCUGUGGGACACCCGAGUACUUGGCCCCCGAGGUGCUCCAGGGGCAGCCCUACAGCCCCACAGUCGACUGGUGGAGCCUCGGCAGCGUCCUGUUCGAGAUGCUCUUUAGCCUGCCUCCAUUUUAUAGUCAAAACAAAGCCGACAUGUUUGAAAAUAUUCUUCACGCUCCUCUGAAAGUUCCCGCCGGUGCGUCAAAAGCAGCUCGUUCUCUGUUAGAACGGCUCUUGGACAGAGACGUGACCACGCGGUUAGGGUGCACUGCUGACAUGGCUGAUAUCCAGGAUCACCCCUUUUUUGAAUCUCUGGACUUUGACGAACUCUUAGCCAAGAAGAUCAAACCUCCAUUCAUUCCAAAUGUGUCUGGCCCUUGUGACAUCUGCUACAUUGAUCCAGAGUUCACGUUACAGCCGCUGCCCGCGUCUGUGGGUGUAAAUGGAAGGACACAGCCAGGGGGCGCCAGUGAGGUCUUCUCCGGAUUCUCCUACAUGAACCCUACAGAGAUUACCUCAUAA